AUGGAAGACAUACCUUGCUCGUCAAAGGAUGCAGACCAAGCAACACAGUAUUCUCAUGCAGAAAAGAGAACACAACAUGGUAAACAGUUAUAUGGAGGAAAAAACUGCUGCGUCCCCCAGUGCACCAAUAGCAAUUUAAGAAACCCCGAACUGUCAUUUUACAAGAUACCGAAAGACUCUACACUGAAGAAGAAAUGGGAGAAACUUUUGCAAACAAAAGGUCUUCUUAAUAUCGGCCCACAUUAUAGAGUUUGUUCUGUUCACUUCUCUGGGGGAAAGAAAACAUACACAACCAAUGUACCCACAAUAUUUGUUCCUAAAAUCACUCACACACCAAGAAAGAAGCCAAACAGACAGCAGAUUGUUUUGGAGGUUACCACAUCAAACAUGGAGGUUAUCACAUUAGACAUGGAAGUUACCACAUCAAACAUGGAGGUUACCACAUCAGACAUGGAA